AUGUGUGUAUAUAUAGAGAGAGUCUUUGAACUGUUAGAGGAGGCAACACCUAAAAAAUACCUCUCCAGUGAGAAAUGGGUUGAGGUGUAUGGUUCUUCCCAUGUCAUAGAAAAGAAGCAUCGACAGCCACCAGCUUGUUUAGUACCUGAAGUAUCAGAAACAGCUAGGCUACCGUCUCUGGAGCGACUGGAGGACCCUGGAGGAUCUCUAGGGCCGAGGGUGCAAGCGCUCGUUUUGCAAGGAAGCGGCGCUGACCACCUCACCAAGGCGUCCUUUCUCCCUCAGCCACCUGCGGCUCAGCCGGGUGCCAUCGCUCCUCCUCUUGCUGAGUCCUCAGCUUUGACUCACGUCACCUGUAACGUGAAGGCGAGAGACGCCGCCGGGGACGGAGCCGCUGCCGCGGUACCUGCCGGCGGUGACACGGCGCCGCCACCUCAGGGAGCGGAGCUCCGCCCCGCGCCGCCCGCGAUCCGCAGCCGGUGCGCCCUCGUAGCUCUGUGGUCCGGUGUACAGCCGGUGCGCUGCGCGGGGCCUCCGCUGGUGAGGUCUUUUGCUUUUUCUAGACUCGAGAUUGGCGAAGCAGACUUCGUUGUGCUCUGUGAUGCUCUGAAAGUGUCGGAGGGCGUGAGGGAGAGAGCGUGGAAGACGUACGAGACCUUAUCGGCUGUGGAUGGAGCUAUGGCUUAUAAUAAAAAGAAAAAGGAAACAUGGGGAGUCUGUAUCUUUAUUGUAGCAAUUGAUCUGGAUGAAAUGACAUUCACUUUCACAGAACUUCUGAAAAGUAUAAGCAUAAGUGUAUGCACAUUUUUUCAGUUUCUGAAAGAAGUGGAUGUUAACAUGGAUACUGUAAGCACUAAAGUUGAUAGCACUGUAUCAAGGCUGAAAAAGAAAUAUGAUGUAUUACUUGCACUAUACCACAAGUUUGAAAGGACUUGUGGACUUAUUUAUCUGGAACAACCUAGUAGUGAGAUUUCUGCUGAACUCAGUUCUCUAUUAGUCCUGAAAAAUUACUGGAUUACUUUUUUGCUGGCAAAAGGUAAAGUGUUGCAAGUGGAAGAUGACCUGGUGAUUUCUUUCCAGUUGUUGCUGUGUGUCUUAGAUUAUUUUAUCAAACUGUCACCUCCUGCUAUGCUCAAGGAACCAUACAAGUCUGCUGUGAAUGCAGUGACUGUUAAUGCACCAGCUCGAACUCCAAGAAGAGGUCAGAACAGGAGUACACGUACUUCAAAGCAAAUUGAUACCGAUACAAAAGUUAUUGAAGUCCUUUGUAAAGAGCAUGAUUGUAAUUUAGAUGAGGUCAAAAAUGUGUAUUUCACAAGCUUUAUUCCUUUCUUGAAUUCUGUUGGUAUUGUAGCGUCAAAUGGACUACCAGAGGUUGAGGUUCUCUCGAAACAGUAUGAUGAGCUGUAUCUCAACAACAAAGAUAUAGACGCAAGAUUAUUUCUGGAUCAUGAUGAAACUCUACAGCCUGAUGUUAUAGCACGGUCACAGUUGGAGACAACACCACUAAAAACCAAUCCAGAUGAGGAACACAACCUUAUACUUCCGCAGACUCCUGUUCGAGCUGCAAUGAAUAACAUUCAGCAAUUGAUUAUGAUUUUAAACUCAGCAACUGAUAAACCAUCAGAUACUCUCAUCAUAUAUUUUAAUAAUUGCACAGUGAACCCUAAGAAUAGUAUCCUGAAAAGAGUGGAAAGUCUUGGUCACAUCUUCAAAAAUAAAUUUGCGGAAGCAGUUGGACAGGGAUGUGCUGAAAUUGGCUCACAGAGAUAUAAGCUUGGAGUACGGCUAUAUUACAGAGUAAUGGAAUCCAUGUUGAAGUCGGAGGAAGAGCGCCUCUCUGUGCAGAAUUUCAGCAAACUUCUGAAUGAUAACAUCUUCCACACAUCUCUUCUGGCAUGUGCUGUUGAGGUUGUCAUGGCUACAUAUGGCAGAAAUGCUUCACAAAGUGAUGGUACCAGUGCUGAAACAGACUUGUCUUUCCCAUGGAUUCUCAAUGUCUUUGAUUUAAAAGCUUUUGACUUCUACAAGGUGAUUGAAAGCUUUAUUAAAGCAGAGCCAAGCCUAACAAGGGAAAUGAUAAAGCAUCUAGAACGCUGUGAGCAUCGAAUUAUGGAGUCUCUUGCUUGGCAAUCUGGGUCACCUCUGUUCGAUCUUAUCAAGCAGUCAAAAGAACGAGAAGGCCAAACUGAUCAGCCUGAGCCAACUUCCACUCUCAAUCUGCCUCUCCAGCAUAAUCACACUGCCGCAGACCUCUAUCUUUCUCCUGUGAGAUCUCCUAAGAAGAAAGCAUCUGGACCUUCUCUAAGUGGUACUUCCACUCCAGAUGCUCAGCCAGGUGCGACCCCCCAGACACAAAAACCACAGAAGUCUACCUCCCUCUCUCUGUUCUACAAAAAAGUGUAUCUACUGGCCUAUCUUCGACUACAUACCUUGUUCUUUCGGCUUCUCUCUGAACAUCCCGACCUGGAACCCUUGAUCUGGACCCUCUUUCAGCACACACUGCAAAAUGAGUAUGAACUUAUGAGAGACAGGCACUUGGACCAGAUCAUGAUGUGUUCCAUGUAUGGCAUAUGCAAAGUCAAGAAUGUAGAUCUUAGAUUUAAAAUAAUAGUUUCGGCAUACAAGGAGCUUCCCAACACAAAUCAAGAGACUUUCAAGCGUGUUCUUAUCAGGGAAGAACAGUAUGACUCCAUUAUAGUCUUCUACAACUUGGUGUUUAUGCAGAAGCUGAAAACAAAUAUUUUGCAGUAUGCCUCCAACAGGCCUCCCACUCUGUCACCCAUCCCACACAUUCCUCGCAGCCCUUACCAGUUUUCCAACUCUCCUCGGCGUGUACCUGCUGGCAAUAACAUCUACAUCUCACCCUUGAAGAGCCCAUACAAAUUCUCUGAUGGGUUUCAGUCACCCACAAAGAUGACUCCAAGGUCUAGAAUUUUGGUGUCAAUUGGUGAAUCUUUUGGGACUUCUGAAAAAUUUCAAAAAAUAAACCAGAUGGUGUGCAACAGUGACUGCCAGCUAAAACGCAGUGCGGAAGUAAGCACUGCUCCUAAGCCACUGAAGAGGCUGCGCUUUGAUAUAGAAGGGCAAGACGAAGCAGAUGGAAGCAAACACCUACCCCAGGAGUCCAAGUUCCAACAAAAGCUUGCAGAAAUGACAUCUACUCGAACAAGAAUGCAAAAACAGAAACUGAAUGAUGGAAAUGAUACCUCAGCCAGUGAAGAAAAGUGAGAUUCUACUCAGGACCAGGGGCUGCACUGCAGGCCCUCUUAGAUUGUUUUCAUUUUACAGCCUUCAUUAAUUGAGUUGCUUUUUUAGUUGCUUAUUAUUCCAAACUGCUAGCUGAAAGCAUUUGGAGUUUUUAAUAAAUUUUUUACAUGUUUUUCAUGAUACUUUGCCUUAUGAUGUAGCAUAUAUACAAUGUAAGCCACUGAAUUUAAUUUAUAUAUUUUUUUGAGGAUUUUAAAAACAGACUUGGAAGGUGUCUUAGUUUCCUAUUGCAACAUUACUGAUUUAAGCCAAUUCAGUCUACUUGGAUUGAGGUUUUCUGUCUGAAGACAAAAUGUUAGCUAGAAUGAUUUGAAAUGCACUAAUUUUGUUUCUUAGAUUUCAUUUUUAGAUUUUCAUUACUUGCAAAUUUUGAAAAUGAGGGGCCAAAUACUGCAAAGAUUACUGUCUCUGUAUAUAAUUAGCACAUCAAAUUCCCAUUAACUUAAACUGCACUGCAGUCAUAGAUCUCGCAGUCAGGGCCUCACAUUAGAAUUGCAACCUGAAUUCAAACUGAACUCAUUAUGUAGCUGUACUACUGAACCCAGUAGUUAGUGUUUUGUAGUUCUCCUUCCCCAGCUCUUGCCCCAGUGUAAUUUCAGAGGGCAGUUACACUGUCCCUCAGUUUGAAUUUCAUGGAAUGUGACUCCCACAGAGAUUCCUCCCAGAAUCCAACAGAGAAUCUUCCCAGAAACUGAAGCUUCUUCCUAUCUGCAGAGUACUUGAGGUGCACUUUCUAAUCUUGGAAAAUCUCAAUUAUUUAAAAAAAAAAAAAAGGAAAAGAAAAAGCACCCCAAACCUAAAUCCUGCUCGGUACACCUAAGAUCUUAAAAUUCUAACAAUGUAGAAUUUUUGUGAUUUCUUUAAAUUUUCACCUAACUGUAGCCAAACCAAAUAGCUCGAGAAACAGGCAUCAAACAACCUCUUCCCUAUAGCUGGAAGCUGAGUGUCUCCAGCUGGGUUCCAGGUAAGAGUAGACUGGUGUCUAAAAGCACAGGGAAUCUCCUGUUGGCCUUACUGUAGCAUCUGCAAAAAAGCAAAACUUAAUGAGCCAAUGCCAGGAAAACCAGUCUGCCUUAUUUUACUGAAAAGGCAGAGUUUAGUAGGCAACUUAUGAACUGUUGCAACUAGCAAAAAAAAAAAAAAA